AUGCUGCUGGAAACAGAGCUCGAGCACAACGGAGAUAGGCCCGGGGCCUCCGCGGCCGACGCCGUCUGCACCUUCCGCGGGACUCACGAGAUCCCGCUGUGCGCGGGCUGCGACCAGCACAUCCUGGACCGCUUCAUCCUCAAGGCCCUGGACCGCCACUGGCACAGCAAGUGCCUCAAGUGCAGUGACUGCCACACGCCGCUGGCCGAGCGCUGCUUCAGCCGCGGGGAGAGCGUGUACUGCAAGGAGGACUUCUUCAAGCGCUUCGGGACCAAGUGCGCCGCGUGCCAGCUGGGCAUCCCGCCCACGCAGGUGGUGCGCCGCGCCCAGGACUUCGUGUACCACCUGCACUGCUUCGCCUGUGUCGUGUGCAAGCGGCAGCUGGCCACGGGCGACGAGUUCUACCUCAUGGAGGACAGCCGGCUGGUGUGCAAGGCGGACUACGAGACGGCCAAGCAGCGAGGUCAGCGGGAGGGGCGACGGUCGCCGGGCCUGGCCCUGGCGCCCUCCCUUUCUUGUCUGCAAAAUGGGGCCAAGGCUGGUCCCGGCGGGGCGCGGAGGGAGCCUCGCCUCCGGCUCCUGCUCGUGUGGUUCCAGAACCGCCGGGCCAAGGAGAAGAGGCUGAAGAAGGACGCGGGCCGACAGCGCUGGGGCCAGUAUUUCCGCAGCAUGAAGCGCGCCCGCGGGGGCUCCAAGUCCGACAAGGACAGCGUCCAGGAGGAGGGGCAGGACAGCGACGCCGAGGUCUCCUUCACCGAAGACCCGCCCAUGGCCGAGCUGGGCCCUGCUAACGGCCUCUAUGGCAGCCUGGGGGAGCCCACUGCGCCCUUGGGCCGGCCCACGGGAGCCCCAGGCAGCUUCCCACUGGAGCAUGGAGGCCUGGCCCGCCCGGAGCAGUACCGCGAGCUGCGCCCCAGCAGCCCCUACGGUGUCCCCCCAUCGCCGGCCGCCCUGCAGAGCCUCCCAGGCCCCCAGCCCCUCCUCUCCAGCUUGGUGUACCCAGAGGCUGGCUUGGGCCUCAUCCCCUCGGGGGCCCCAGGUGGGCCCCCGCCCAUGAGGGUGCUGGCAGGCAACGGACCCAGCUCCGACCUGUCUACCGGGAGCAGCGGGGGCUACCCCGACUUUCCUGCGAGCCCCGCCUCCUGGCUGGACGAGGUGGACCACGCUCAGUUCUGA